GCGGCCUUUCUCUGGUGAGCUGUGGAAGAGUCAGCCACGCAUAUUCUCUCCCUUUCUAUGGACCCAUCUCUUCCUGCUCACGGAGUCCACCUGAACUGAUCGGCUCACAUCCAGAGUCCCCAGCCCUGCAUCCUCCCUCGCCGCCCCUCCGCAAAGUCCAAGUGCCGGGCUGCCGUGGGUGGGGGCAGGGAACCCCUGGCCUGCACCAGUCUGGGAGUCUCCUCUCUGCAUCUGCAUACGCUGUAAUAUCUGGGCUUUCAGAGCACAUCUCAGCCUUUGUCCAGCCCUCUCGGGUAUAUUUGGCCUCUCCCCUCUCUAACAUUUUCUACUUACUUUUACACCUGGACUGCCUGGAGUAGUCUGGGUCCUGAACAUAGCUUAUUUGGUCUAGAAUUUCCAGAGGACUCUAGAGCCUCAGAAGCCCUAGAAUCUGGAACUCCAGGCUGGGGUCACCCAGCGGACACUCACAGGGCCCCUACAAGGAAAUUAAUUGCCUUGGCUGAAUGCUGGGCCUCUGGAAGCCUUUGUAACAGUGUUUAUCAGGGAUCUGGGUCCUUCCUGAGAUGAGGAAAUCAGGAGCUGAAUCAACGCCACCUACUAUUCCCAAACCAAACCUCGUUCCUAAGGAUUUCCCAGGCCAAGCCAACAUCAGUCUGAGAUCCCCUGGACGGUGAGGAAAAUGUAGGGUGUGAUAGAGGUAAGAGAUGUUCCUUUUGUUCCCAUGAUUUUGUUAUGAAAAUUCUCAAGCUUACAGAAAACUUGGUAGAAUUUUGCAGUGAACGCUCAUACACCUCCCACCUAGGUUCUACCAUUUAUGUUUUGCUUUACUUGCUUCAUCACACAUCUAUCUAUCUAUCCACCCCUGUAGCCACCCAUCAACCCAUCUUACUUUUUAAAAGAUGCUCCUUUUUUACUUCAUUAGUUCUUUAUGAUUUACUUCAAGCUGUUUUUAUUUAAUCUUUACCAUAUUGCCUGAUGAAGAUGGUACAGGUGUGAAUAUUUCCAUCUUAUAGACCAGUAAACUGAUUCUUGGAGAAAUUCACCCAAAGUCACAAGGCUAAUUUUCCCUGUUGGAACAGAAACCUAGAAGGUCUGUUUUACUGAUUAUAUAGCUACACUUGUGGGAGAGAGUGCUUGAUAAGUGAAUGAGUGAAUGAAUGACUUUGCUAGGCAAUGGACCUAGAGAGAGGGGGACAGGAACCUCAUUUCAUUUCUCAGCAUCUGACAUUUAUUCCUAAUAUGUGUUUAUUGAAUGAAUAAAUGAAUGAAUGAAUGAAGCCUGGCUUGGGGAGUCCAGCUUCCCCUCCAAGUCCCUCUUCCAUCUCUGCAGGACUAGGAGCCUCUGGAAAGGACUCAGCCCCAACAGUGGCAGCCGGGAUUCUAGGGGGUGUGGUGACUCUCUCCCUGAACAUUUCAGUAGAUACAGACAUUGAGCAUGUCACUUGGAUUGCUUCCCAAAAAGCUCUUGCUUUAGCCUACCCAAAUGGAGCCGUUAUCAUUAUGGACAAAAGCUACCAGGACCGAUUAAACAUCAGCUGGAACUACUUAUCUAUCAGUAAUCUGAUGCUGAAAGAUGCUGGAUCCUACCACGCCCAGAUAAACCGAAGGAAUUCUGGAGUCACCAUGGAUGAGGAAUUCACCCUGCAAAUCUAUGAGCGGCUACAGGAGCCCCGAGUCACCGUGCAGACCAUGAACGUGUCUGAGAAUGCCUCCUGUAACAUCACCCUGACAUGCUCUGUGGAGGGGGCAGAGAAAGCUGUUCAGUACAGCUGGACCCCAAGGGACCCCCAUGCUUCUGAAUCCUCUUGGGGCUCCACUCUCACCAUCUCAUGGACACCUUGUGACCCAGACCUGCAGUACACGUGCACAGCCAAGAACCCAGUCAGUCAGAGCAGCUCCCGCCCUGUCCACUUAAGAACCUGGCAGAUCUGCAUAGAUCCAGGAGCCUCCAGAGGAGGAUCAGUAGGGGAGACGGUGGUGGGGAUCCUGGGGGAGUCAGUCACCCUACCCCUGGCUCUCCCGGCCAGUCAGGACAUAGAGAACGUUGUCUGGAUGUUUAACACGUCUGUUAUCAGCAAAGAGUGGGGAGAAGCAGCAAAAGCAGAUCCCGAGAAGAACACAGCAUGGGUCAGCCAGGACUACUCCCUGAAGAUUGGCCAGCUGCGGAUGGAGGACGCUGGCCCCUACCACGCCUACAUAUGUUCAAAGGCUUCUGGAGUGAUCAGCAUGAAGCAUGUCACCCUGCUCAUCUACCGAAGGCUGAAGAAGCCCAAAGUCACCUGGAGCCUUGGGCCCGCGGAGGACGGCAUCUGCAGGGUCAGCCUGACAUGCUCGGUGGAGAACAAUGGACACAACGUGACCUAUAGAUGGACCCCCCUGCAGAAAGGAGCUGUUGCAUCCCAAGGGGGAUCUCACCUCAGUGUCUCCUGGAGGAGGGGUGAAAAUCAUCCCAACUUCACGUGCACAGCCAGCAACCCCGUCAGCAACAGCUCCGGGCAGUUUCUUCCUGGGGACAUCUGUCCAGGGCCUGAGAGAAGCAGCAGGCUUUGGGUUGGGCUCUCCUUGACGGUUUCCAUCAUUUUGUGCUUUGGGAUCUCUGGCUAUUGCAUUCGGAAGCAAGGAAGACGGUGUUCAGCCCCAGCCUUCAGUUCCAGCCAAGUUGAGGCCUCAGCUGACACAUCAGGAUCCACUGCUGGCCGCACAAUAUAUUCCAUGCUUUCCCCAGGAUAUGAGAUGAUGGACACUCCCCCUAAGACUUCCAGGCAACAGGGUAGGCCCACUUCUGAGAGCAGCUCUGACAGCAAUGGGACAACUGAUAAGGAUGAGGAGAAGAAUGAAAUGUACUGGCCUGUCAAUAAAAGAGAUCAGGUGUAUGACUCGGUCACUCAGGAGGACACUGAACAUGACUCAGCCUCUGAGGGGCAAGCGGAGUAUGAUCUUGUCACUCCAGAUGACGUGCAACCUGAGCCUGUGGUUGACGGGAACACGGUGUAUAUGGAAGUGUUCCUCAACUCGCAGGGAGAGACCCAAGUUCCUUUGAAGAAGGAGAGCUCAGACACAAUCUACAGCCAGAUACAGAAUUCUCAGACGGUGGUGCCACCAACACAACAGAACAAUUUUGACUCUCCUGAAAUCUCCACCUAUGAAAAUUUGACCUGAAAAGAAAAGCAGGUGUUGCCUCUCUUCCUGGGGUUGGAUAAGCAGCUGGACCUCAUGGGACCUGGGGCUCCUGCAGACAGAAGCACUUCAGAAUUUCCCUCGGAGUCUCAAAGAUGCUUGGAUUUGACCCUCCCCUUCCUCUCACCCCAUGUGACUUCCCAAGCCCAUUAAUAGAUCAGACAUAGUCUCCUUCUUGGAGCCUCUGGGCUUCAAGUUGUCCUUGCUCCAUUUGUCUCCUCGCAUGCUUGUACUGUUUCCCCCCCUCAGCUCAGAGGCACCACCUCAAAACUCUGCCAAGGCUGGUCAAAUGUGGUUGAAGGGGAUCUGGACCUUCACAUCAUCUUCUAAACAGCUGUUAAAAUGGAUCCAACAGAUCUUCUAACUCAUGGACACAAAGAUCUGUUACCGAGCAAGGGCUCUCUCCACCUGUGUGCACAGAAGCUGAUACUGUGUACACUGGUCUUUGAGGGAAGAAAGCUUAUUAUGCAAUCAAUUGGCGAGGAGACAGGAGGACGGCCUGUCAAAUCUGUCUCCCCGAUCCAGGGAAUGGGGUAAAGUUUAAGGGAUCAGGGAGGGAAGGCUGGCAUGUGGAAGCCCUGGAAGGAUGAGUUUUGGCUGGCAGAUCAAAAUUUUCUCUACUGCACAUACUCCUGGCUGGCUGGCUGCACUGAAAAGUAGCUUUAACAUUCCAUUCUUAGGAUGAGAUCAAUACAGUGAACAAGGGUAAAGCUGUUAUGCAGAUUUAAGUCAUUGCUUCUCUAUGGAUAAGAUUUUCUAGAGAUUUAGCCAUCCUCUUCUUCCUGGCACAGAGAGGAAAUCACCCUCACAAAUGGAGAUUUCUCUUAUAAAUGGGUAACUUCUACUAGGUUUUCAGAGCUUUCCCCUGCAUCUGCUGUUUCUUAAAAAUAACCAACCUAAAAUAAUUCUUAUGCCAAAGAGUCAUGUUUUAGGGUGGCAAAUUCUGUUCCUGGUCCUGUGGUUAGAGAUCUAGGUAAAAUCAUGUCUGCUGUAGUAUUUUUUAAAAUAAGAGAUUGGAAAUAACCUAAAUGCCCAUUUAGUAGGAAUCUGGUUAAAUAUAUGAUAGUGUACCCAUGCAAUGACAAACCAUGCCACUUUUGCAAAGAAAGGAUGUAAAGACUAAUGUGCUUAUAGGAAAUGAGCUCUAAGAUACAUUGUUGAGUGGAAAAAACAAAGUUCAGGACAAUGUGCAUUAUGUGCUACCAGUUCGAUAAAAGGGAAAUGUAUAUCUAGAAGCUUAUAUAGGCAUAGAAAAGUUCUGAAAGGAAAUGAUACCAACCCUAGGUUCUUAGGCUCUCUGUGUAAUAGAAAUUGACAAGAGGCCCAACCAAGCUCUCAGCCAACGUUUUAUUGGGUCUUAAGCUCCAGCACAAGGGAGAUAGCACAGGAGAAGUGGCUCUCUGGCUUUCCAAAGGGAGCCGUCCUGAGUCUUUUAUGGGCUGAGGGGAGUGGACUGGUGCCAUGAUUCUCUGCCUCCAGAGGCAUUCUACUUCCCUCUUCCUGGUGGUGUCUUCCCUUGCCUUGUGGGUGUUGUGGUCCCUGCUCCUGCCCAGUCUGUCCAAUAUGGCAGUGUUGCUCACUACCGCCACCCCAGGAAGGUCAUAAAAUGGUCAUCUGGGAGCUUGGUGCACAUACGAGAGAGUAGGUCUACUGCUUGUGGGCAGUUUUGCUUCAGAAGGUUGCUUAUCUUGACUUCAAAAACAGCUGGGCUGGGGGGCUGGCCCCGUGGCCGAGUGGUUAAGUUUGCGCGCUCCGCUGCAGGCGGCCCAGUGUUUCGUCAGUUCGAAUCCUGGGCGCGGACAUGGCACUGCUCAUCAGACCACGCUGAG